AUCGUAUUGAUCUCAAUGAGGAUGUGAGUUGUGGUGGUGUUGUCGCUAGGAGGAAUGUAACGCUGAUGCCUUUUGCUAGCCUCGAGAGGCGUUGCUCAAGUAUGCCACGAAGAAAGACGAGGAGAAGAAGAAGGACUAGAGGUCUCCGUGAUCACUUGUAUAGGACGGGCACCGAUGAGUUCGCAGUGUUAUGCCAUCUCAUGCAUGAUGUCCUCCCUUGGACAGAGCGAGUGACUAGAGCUCUCUGAUAAUCGUUGGGUUAUGACGUUAUUAUUAUUAUUGUUAUUUGUCCAAAGAUUGAGGCAAUAGUCGAUUUUUCGCCAUCGUACAUGGUUCCAACGACCACCGACAAUGACCACCCCGACUCCCGUGACGCUUAUCGGAGCAACAGGUCUGACAGGGUCAGCGACUCUUCAAUCGCUGCUACGAUCUUCACAUCCAUUUGCGAUCACGACCAUUGCCCGUAAAGCCAUACCCUCUCAGACUGCCUCGAGCACACAGACAACAUUCACCCAUACCAUCGUCUCGGACCUGUUUGACGCUCCAAACUCACCCGUAGGAACUAGCGGGGGAGUAUACGUCAGCUGUCUAGGGACCACGAGGGCUCAAGCUGGCAGUUUGAAAGAACAGGAGAAGAUUGAUGUCCAUCUCAAUAGGGAUUUGGCAAAACGAGCCAAGGCUGACGGGUGUGAUACGUUGAUCCUGGUCUCGUCUGCUGGAACUUCUGCCGACUCGUACUUUCCUUAUGGACGUAUGAAAGGGACUUUGGAGAACCUGGUCAAGGAGAUGGACUUUAAAUCAUGUGUCAUUUUGAGGCCCGGUCUGUUGAUGGGUUCGAGGCAAGACUCUCGUUUGGCGGAACGCACUACUCAGCUAUUGUUCAGAGGUCUAGGAUCUAUCGGUUUACCUAUGGGUAAACUUUCUGCCGAAGCCACAGACAUUGGUCAAUGCAUAGCUCAUGUAGCUGCUCAUCCACCGAGUGAGAAGGUCACCAUCCUUGGAAACGAUGAUAUCCCUCGGUUGGCCAAAUUGUGGAGAGAGGAGAACCCAGAUACCACCAAGCAAUAGACCAUUUGUCACAAGGACACACGUAUAGAGUGUUAUGUAUGCAGGGUAAU